UCCGUGUAGUCAGGCGCCGCUGCUCACGUGGCCCACAGCAGCAGUCAUAUGACGGUGUUCGUCUUGUUCAAGCGGAACAGCCGUUGAGGACGUAGAACGAAGUUACUGCUACAAAGAAGUGAUUGGAGUUCAGUGAUGAUCGCCGGUGGUUUGUUGAUGUGUUUUCUGGCCGUGUUUCAGCUCGGCUCGCGGGCUCAGUACGCCCCCGAUGAGGUGACCUACCUGCCGGGUAUGACGUUCAAACCGAACUAUCGACAGUGGUCGGGAUUCCUCCAGGCACGGCCCGGGAAGUAUCUCCAUUAUUGGUUUGUGACUUCUCAAAGGGACCCGAUCAAAGACCCCCUGGUGCUCUGGCUGAAUGGAGGCCCAGGCUGCAGCUCUCUUGAUGGAUUCCUGUCAGAGAAUGGACCAUUUCAUGUCAAUGAUGACGGGGCCACACUGUACGAGAACACAUUCAGCUGGAACAAGAUUGCCAAUGUGCUGUAUCUAGAAUCUCCUGCAGGUGUGGGAUAUUCCUACUCUGAUGACCAAAAUUACGCCACCGAUGAUGACCAGGUCGCGGAUGAUAAUUACAAAGCCCUCCAGAGUUUCUUUGCUAAGUUCCCAAGUUUCACUCAAAAUGAGUUCUUCAUCUUUGGGGAAAGUUAUGGAGGAAUUUAUGCACCCACCCUCAGCCUGCGCGUGGCUACUGGAGCUGUCAAAAUCAACUUCAAGGGCUUUUCAGUGGGAAAUGGCCUCAGCAGUUUUGCUCUCAAUGACCAAACUUUGGUCUACUUUGGUUACUACCACGGCCUUUUUGGAGAAGAUUUGUGGCGUGAUCUGAACAUAAAUUGCUGUGACAAGGGAAACUGUAACUUUUACAACUCCAGUUCAGAGACCUGCAAGACGCUGGUGAAUGUGGCCUUUGGUAUUGUGUAUAAUAGCGGACUGAAUGAGUAUGCCCUUUACUUGGAUUGUGAGGUUGGCAGAAGAUCCCACAGAGGCUACGAGAGGACCAUGAGUCACCUGUUUAAAAACUACAAGAAACACCCACACCUCCACAAGUUUUCAGAUGGAGUUUCUUCCUCCGUGUCUCUGGUUGAAGUCCCUCCCUGCAUCAACAGUACGGCUCAGAUGAACUGGCUGAACAGAGGCGAUGUGAGGAAAGUGUUACACAUUCCAGACACACUGCCACCAUGGGACCUCUGCAGUGAUGACGUUGGAGAGCAAUACACCAACCUGUACCCAACAGUGAAGGAGGUGUAUCAGAAGCUGCUCUCUCUGGGCCUGCGGGCACUCGUCUACAACGGAGACACUGACAUGGCCUGCAACUUCCUGGGAGACCAGUGGUUUGUGGAAGACCUCGGCUUGAAGGCAACCACUAAGUACCAGACCUGGCAUCAUGAUGACCAGAUUGCUGGUUAUUACCAACAGUUUGGAAACAUCACUUUCCUGACAGUCAAGGGUGCAGGGCACAUGGUUCCUCAGUGGGCUCCGGGUCCAGCUUUCCACAUGUUCCAGUCUUUCAUAACAAAUGGCUACUACUGAGCCUUGAUGGAGACUGCUGUAUGUAAUAUACCUGCACUAGUCACUUGUUAGACGGUACAUUUUCUCAGGGAUGAGGAUUUUGGAGGGAAGAGGAUUAUUAGGGAACUUGUUUUUUAUCAUCUAUAUUGUACAGAGUACCUGCAGUGAAGUGCGUUGAGUAUUUGGAGAGGGACACAUUAUUUGUUAUUGGCUUUGCUCUGCAUCACCUUGAAUUUCAAAAUCUAACCAUUAAAGUGCCAGUGUUAAGGAUUUUUUCAUAGAUAUUGAGCUUAUAGUGUAGGAAUUAAAACCCUUUUUAGACGGUCGCUAUUUUUUUUUUUUUAAAAGGACCACAAAUAAUUGUGAAUAAAAUGUUUAUUAUAUGGUUACCAGCCUGCUUCACUUCCUGCUCAUUUUGGGGAUUUGUGCCUUAAGUUUGGUUUUUACUAAGUGAAAAUCUCAGUCCAACUGAGCAGGUGCUUAACUGACUGAGCAACAGCAUUCUGUUUAGCAAAAAUUCCCCGGUGCCCUUGUCGUCUUAAAAUUGUCCUGGGGAAAAAAAAUAUUUGUCCUGGAACUGGGGAAUUACAUGUAAACAUAACAAGGUACAAGUCCCUACUAUUCACCCAAAAUAGAAGUAAACUGAUAUAAAGCUGAGUCUUGCCGUUUGUGGUAAUUAUUCUGAACUUAAAUGACAAUGCUCACUUCACUUGUAUUUCUUUUAUUAAAUGUUUUGAACUGCCAGUGA